CAGGGGCAGAUAUGUGAGUGAUCACACAUCUCCAGUAGAGCACAGAGCGUCAGUGUGUAAACCUCCUUCAGUUGGUGAUAGCUUUACGUGGACAACAGAGACAAUGGGUAGUACCUUUUCAUCCCCUUAUUCUACAUAUGGAGACAUCGCGAAGGUGUCGGCAAACGGGGCUUCAAAGGAAACCGCGAAACAGGACAAACUCGGAUACCAUGGUGUAAGUGCAUCACAAACCAUGGCAGAGACUGACAGAGAAAGGAUGGAGAAGUACAGGACAAUAAUCUAUCGUGUGGCAAAGGACAAAGACAUUCAUCCAGCCCUUAUUGCUGGCAUCAUCUCCAGAGAGUCCAGGGCUGGGCAUACUCUUAUUGACGGUGGGGGAGACUGGGACUCAAAAAGAGGAGCAUAUAACGGCUUUGGACUGAUGCAGGUUGAUGUUAAUCCAAAUGGAGGUAACCACACUGCUAUAGGUGAAUGGGACAGUGAGGUACACCUCAGACAAGCCACUAACAUCUUGAUCGGCCAUAUUCAAACAAUCCGUAAUAAAUUUCCUGGAUGGUGCACGGAGCAAAAGCUGAAAGGAGGGAUCGCAGCCUACAAUAUGGGGCCUAGAAAUGUCCACUCCUAUGAUAGAGUGGAUGAAAAUACAACAGGUGGAGACUACUCCAAUGAUGUUGUUGCCAGAGCUCAGUGGUACAUUGACAAUGGCUUCAACUGAAGCAAUUGUAAAACAAAACAUUCCACCAAAGGUAUCUGCAAAUCAAGAAGAUAUGUAUGAAGACCUGCUAUAUUUGAAGUUGUAGAACAUAGUGCUAUGGUGCUGUGAUGUGUAUCUUGAGUGUCAAGUCAAGCCUAAUAAAAAAAUGUGCAAAGUCA